AUGACUGCAGGCGUUCUGGGCGGCUACCCCGAGAAACUUCUGGCACGAGAAGAGAAACCAGGAAUGGGGGUCGGAGAACCCGUGGAAGCGAUGAGUGAAAUGGUGAAGGGCAUGAUGGAACUGAAGCAGAUGAUCGAGAAGGACACGAUGGUCAACGCCCAAGCUCUGGAGAACCUUCCUUCCAUGGACAUGUCAUCCUUCCUCGACACACUCCGUUCCGUCAUCACCGCAAAGUUUGAGCUUCUCUCUGGGCUCAUUGGAGGCAUUGGAGGAGGCUCCAGUUUCGGAAACCUCUCGCCAAUCAUUCCAGGUGGUUCGUUAUUCCCUGGACUCCCCGAACUCAAUUUUGGUGGCCUUUCUUCUUUGAUUCCUGGCCAGACAGCAUGA